CAGCUACCUUGUCCGUCAGGAGCUCUGGCUGGUGAUGGAGCACAUGGACGGAGGCUCUUUGACGGAUGUUAUUAGCGAGACCUGGAUGGCCGUGGGACAGAUAGCAGCUGUCUGUCGGGAGUGCCUGCAAGGACUGGCAUUCCUUCAUUCCAACUGGGUCAUCCACAGAGACAUUAAAAGCGACAACAUUCUUCUGGGCCUGGACGGAGCGGUGAAGUUGGCUGAUUUUGGCCUCUGUGCUCAGGUCACCCCUGAGCACAGGAAACGGAGCUCCACGGUCGGGACUGUUUACUGGAUGGCCCCUGAAGUUGUGAGAAGCCAACCCUACGGCCCCAAGGUGGACAUCUGGUCUCUUGGCAUCGUGGCAGUCGAGAUGCUGGAAGGAGAGCCUCCUUACUUUAAGGAAAGCCCUUCCAUG